GGCUAUAUGCAUAGUCUGCAAAGGACUGACGUGGAUUUUUUAACCAGAUACGUCACAAGUAAAGGGGAAGGGGAAGAGGGAGGAGAGGAGGAGAGCAAACGAAGAGAGAGAGAGAGGGAGAGAGGGAGAGGGAGAGUGUACGGAGGGAUAUAUUGACUCAAAGCUGGUCUGCAUGCUCCUCAGUGUGUGAGUAACAGAGGACGUGAGAGCAGGCAAGAUGGAGUGCUGGCACAGAUGAAGACUGUCCCUGGCCCUGUUCGACAGUCCACAUGAGCGUCUCCAAACCCCCUCCGCCCCCCUCCAACUCCCACCUCGCCAUCCCUCCCUCCUCCAACUCCACUCCUUCCUCGUCCGCCACCUCCCCCUCGGCGACGCCCCACUCCACCGCCCUCCCCCCUCCCUCGCCAGUCAAGAUCUCUAUGCAGGAGCACUUUGCCAUCAACGUGUGCCCGGGCCCCAUCCUCCCCAUCCCGCAGAUCUCAGACUUCUUUCCACGUUUCCACGACUACCCCUGCACGCCGCCGCCUCCGAGGGAGAAGAAGAUCCUAAAAGAGGAGACAUUCAACGGGGAGACAGUUGGAGGGUACAAAGAUGGGGAGAGGAGGGAGAGCCACGAUGGAGACAGGGAGGAGACUGUCGACUCUGAUGACGAAGACACCUACCUUGGAACGUUGGAGUUCAAUCUGCUCUUUGAUCAGGACAACAACUGUCUUCAUUGUACCAUUCACAAAGCAAAGGGACUGAAAGCCAUGGACUCCAAUGGGCUGGCAGAUCCAUACGUCAAGCUUCAUCUUCUCCCGGGGGCUAGCAAGGCAAACAAGCUACGCACAAAAACCUUGAAGAAUACACUGAACCCAGUGUGGAACGAAACACUGGUGUAUCAUGGAAUCACGGCAGCCGAUAUGACCACCAAAACACUCAGGCUUUGUGUGUGUGACAUGGACAGACUCGGACGAAAUGAAUUCAUCGGAGAGGUGAGGGUGGCUCUGAAGAAAGUGAGAGAGGGAGAGAACAAGCGCUACAAUAUGGGCCUGGAGAGAAUUGCACAGAAUAAAGAGGCUAACAAUCAAAUGGUGGAGCAGGGAGCGCCCGUUGCAGAGGAGGAGCGUGGUCGCAUCCUGGUGUCAUUGUGUUACAAUACAGAGAAAGGCUGCCUACUGGUGGGGAUCAUACGCUGCGCCCAUCUGGCAGCCAUGGACUCCAACGGCUACUCUGACCCCUUCGUCAAAAUAAUCCUGCAGCCAGAUAUGGGGAAAAAGUCCAAGAACAAGACUACAGUGAAGAAAAAGACUCUCAACCCUGAAUUCAAUGAGGAGUUUUCAUAUGAAGUAACCUUGGACCAGCUGGCAAAGAAAACCCUGGAGAUCUCUGUGUGGGACUACGACCUGGGAAUGAGCAACGACUUCAUAGGCGGAGUGGAGCUGGGCAUCAAUGCGAGCGGACAGAGACUCAAACACUGGUUCGAAUGUCUCAAAAACAAAGGGAAGAAAGUGGAGCACUGGCAUACGCUCACACAGCAAGGAGCCCCGAGCAGUGACAAACCGGACUAGAUUACACCAGACAUUCAUGCAUAGAAACACACACGCACACACACACACACAAUAACACACACACACACAUUAGUCUCACUGAAAGAUGGUUGACAACAGAGACUAAGUAAAGCCAGAGCAAAUGAGAAUUAAAUGCAAUAAUAAUGAUGUUAAAAUAAAGAUCUGUCAUAUAACGCAAACAA